AUGCCUGCCACCGCAAGAGAGACCGCAGGGGAUAACAAGAAGGACCUGCAGUUCGGGACGCGCACUCAGGCAGGGCGUGCAAGGCUUGGGCUUUUGUCGGGAAGUAGAAGAUCUCUAGCGCCGGUCCCUGGCGGGGAAAGGAUUCUCCAGAGCCAGGCAGUGCCCCAGGCAGCGGCGCUGCGUACCAUUGUGAACAGUCUAGCGCAGCUUGAUCUACCGCCCAGUGGUUCUACUCCUAGUAAUGCGUCAGAGACUGAACCGUUAACGGCGUUAAGGCUCAAUAUAUUAAUUCUGAUUCAUCUUCAUAGAGGACACGGACAGGAUCUCUAACUUGUUGUUUUCCGCUUAGGAUCAAAGAAAUGACUUUAGAAGAUGAAGACGAAUUGAUGUGAGCGCUAAUACUAGGCUCGUCAGCAAUGUAUCAUCAGCCAAACGGCCGAAAGCCUUCUUACUUGGUGCUCCAGCCGUCUGCAGAAGAGCAAGAGGCGUCGCGUCCGCGAGAUGAUAUAGGAAAGCAGUCGUCUUCGGACCACUGGGUAUCUCAUUGUCAUAAUGACCACCAUCAUGAUGAGCUUGGUCACCAUCAUCCGCAAGAGGUAGCUCAACAUCUUCAAGGUAGAAGAGAGCAACCUGAGCAGGAGUCGGCUUGGGCAGAUUGGAAACCAAACGAGCACCAGGUGGAUGAUUGCACAACCGCGGCCGUUGCUGUGUGUGUUUCUUCUUCUCCAGUCCCCAGCAAAAGGCUCAUGACAGGAGAAGUCCAGAAGCGGGCGUACUCUAGUACCGACGAAGAUACACAUGAUAUUAUGACAACUACGGGAAAAACAAGCGGAACCUCCUUCGAAGUAGCCCAGCGAGUGCCUUUCUUGAGAUGGAUUUUGCACCUCAAAGCAAUGUUUGGUUACAAACUGUUGGUCAUGCUUUUCGCGUCACAGCAUUUACUCAAGGGUUUCGCGGGAACUUUUGUUGCGCAACCUGAGCGCUUCAUCUACCGAAACUAUCAAGUCAGCGGACCUCAGGUAUCCCUAGAGACCAGUACUCCUCUAUAAUCAAUAGGAAUAGAGUCUUUUUUACCAUUUGUAUUCACUGGCACUUCUCAAGGGGAUUCACAUUUGGACUCACUUUCAUCUUGUUGGGGGUUUAUUCACGGUGAUGCAUCUUGCGCAGUACGAAGCGUCCUUGGUAAAUACAAUACAAGAGUAGAUACUCAAGAGUGAGCUGAUGUUUACUUCCAUCCUGAAGUGAAAAUGAAACGUUUUUCUGAUUUACCCUCACUCACAUCGCAAUUUUUAUGGAAUAUAUCCCAGGUUCAGAUAUUCAUGGGUGUCUCAUCGUUGCCUUGGUCAUUAAAGCCGUUGUUUGGACUUUUGUCCGAUCUAGUUCCGCUCUAUGGGUUUCACAAACGACCGUAUAUCAUCGGCGCGUCUCUGUUGGGCGUUGUGUCGCUAGCGCUGCUUGCCCUCGUUCCACAGGAAUCUUUGCCCGUGCGCGCUGCUGUGAUGCUAUUCUUCUGCGUCUCGCUGCAGCGCAGUGUGUGCGACUUACUUACUGAGGCAAAGUAUAGCGAAGCCCUAAAACGCUCUCCCGCUCACGGUCCGGACCUCAUGACGUUCGUUGUUAAGGCGUUUGUUUGUAGGUUGUCGAGAGACAUCCCAGCCUCUAUCCUAUCAUGUUUGAUAAAGGCUUGCGUCAAUGGUCGCUGGAAGACUCUGCUCGAGACAUCUGUUGUAGUUUUCUCGUAGUUGUUUUAGUCUGUCCCAUUAUUCACACCAUAAGUAAGCUUUGAAGGGGUCAAGAAAAAGUCAAAAUGAUUGACGCCAAUGCAGGCAAGAAAAAUGUUGACUCAAUUGUAGUCAUUGUUCUGAAUUUUUCCCGGAGUUGAAUGACAGAAGUCAGUGUAGAUGUUGAAAUUCGCUAAUUUAAUCGGCGGCCUCGACAUCUGCGGGAUGCUGGCUUUGCUGCUUGUGGGACCCUGCGUGGAAUAUCUGGGGCCCAAAAUGCCUUACCUCUUCCUGUUGCCGGUGGCAGCGUUCGUGCUUCUUCCGGUGUACCACAAUUAUCUGGGGGAAGAACGUAUCCCCUCGACUGUUGAAGAGCAAACGAGGCAGCGAGAACGGCGUCGACGGCUUGUACGGGAAAACGCAGAGGUUUUUGCACUCUGUGGUCUCGUAACCCUCGGAACACUGGCUAUGACGGUCACUGGCACGCUGUGCCAGAGUGUACGAGUACACGCCGUGACCGCGCUCGUGGUCUUCAUCGUGAUGCUGAUCGCAUUUUCGCUAGUUCUAAGGCCGGAAAUAGCAGCGGUAUCUAUUCAAAUCUUACUUGAUCCAGCCUAUUUUUUUACCAAUGAGCGCGAAGAUCAUCGAGUAGAUGGAAAUAGAAGAAGUUACUACUUUCAUCUUAGCCAUGGACAUGGCCUACAUAGGCUUACAAGUAACUAAAGCUGAUUGGCUUUAAGGAUAUAAUAUGUCGAGAGCAUGUUCAGCGCCACCGGCAUACAGCUCUCGCACAGGGAACACGCAGUGGCCGAGAUACCGCGCCGAGCUCGGUUAAAUAUUCGAGCCCAAAGCAGACUACUGGGCAGACAAGUGCAAGCGACUAGAAAAGAAAGGAAAUCAGUACCCUCGAAACUAGGACCAAGAACCAGCAUCACACCGAGGCAGGCCCCAUGCGCUACAUCAGCGACCUAGAAGGAGGGGCCGAAGACUUUGGGAAUAUGUUCGAGCAAGCGCAGCGUGGUGGGUGCUGACUCAGAGCAGCAGCUGCCUGAGCAAGCGCAAUCUGAUGAACCAGAUCGAAAGCGACCACGCAACAGCUAGCGCCUCUAUCUACGCUGUCCAUCAUUUCCCUGAUGGAAAGCCUGCCGCUUUUUCGAGCCUCUACAGGAAUCCGAGGGCCCAGCCGCCCUCGCUCGCGGUCACAAAUUCCGCCAAGAGCUUCGCCCCGGCUGGAAGAAUGCAAACGAGCGCGCCCGCCGCCCGCUCUGUCGGCAGGAGAUGCGCCGGGCCCCAGAAGAAACCGCAGACCCUGACGCGGAGCCGCCUCUGGUCUCCUUGUCUGCAGAGGGAGCGAGGCGGCGCGCGCGCGGAUGUGCCCGCAAGUGCUUCGGUUCGCGUUAUUCUUGCGCACGCUUUCGCGCGUCUUAUUAGGUCCGCCGUUUGGCACUCAUCUGAGGGCUUUGCCCUCCGCUGAUGGCUUACCCGUCUGCUGGCUUUCGGGUGAUUCAUUGCGCGCGCCGUUGGUUCUGCAAGGAAGUGGGGCGGAUAACAACGCAGCUGCGCUGGUUUCGGGUGCAGUCCUCCGCCUCUGCGGGCUGGUUGUGUAAGUGCUUGACUUCUUCGCUCCACGCGUUGGGACUUGGGCGGCGCCGCGCCUGGUGUUACCGAGGAGGCCAAGGCGGACAGGGGUGGCGCUGCGCACUUUCUCCGCGAGGGCAUGGCUUGCGGCUCACACUUGACUUGGGGCGGGCCGGCAUUUGCGCCGGCGGGCUGGUACGUAGCGCUUGCGUUUGGCUUUGUGACGAUAAAAAGACCACCUUGCCGCCAGUCCCAUGCUGCGGACCUUGGUGCAAUUCUAGGGCAGGGGCAACUGCCAGAAUUUUAGCGUUACUUCAGAGGCGGGGGCGUGUUUCGGGGGCGGAGGCUGCCAAAACUGCCCACCGAAAGUGGGUAGCCUCCGCGCUCCUUCCAAUGUGUGGUGUACUGGUUUACCCUUCGCGACCCAGCGCGGCCCCCCCGGUGGCAGCGGUGGCAAGAUUCUGAAGCUGGGGCAUGGGGACCCGCGCUCCCCUUGCCAUUGGUGGCGUGCAAAAUCGCCGGGUGCAUAAGCGGCAGCAGAUGCAGGGGCUUGCCGCUGGGGAAGUGAUAUAGAUAAGGUUUGUCUCUACGACUUGCUAUGGUGCUGGUAAGAGAUCAGACGAAUUGCGACAAUCCUGAUUUAGUGUCGUAUUUAUUGAAUUAUGCAUGAAGGAGAUGAGAUAAUCUUGUACAACAACCAACAGGUGAAUGCGUUCUUUCUUCUGCAAGGCUCUCUUGGCAUCGGCAUUGGAGGGGCGAGCUUUUAUUUUUUCACGAACGACGCGACGCAGUAUCCAGAAGGACCACACUUUUCACCAACUUUCUUCAUGACUGUUCUUGGUACAGUGGGCACAAUUUGCAGUUUGUUGUCGCUGUUGUUCUACAACCGGUUCCUCAAAGAUUACAGUUACCGCACAUUGUUCAUGCUGACGAACUGCCUCGGCGCCAUUUUGGGUCUGCUUGACAUCUUCGUGUUCACGCGACAGAACGUGAAGUGGGGGAUCAGCGACCACCUGUUUGUGCUGAGUGGCACCGUUUCCGGGUCUCUGAUCGGGAAUUGGAACUGGAUGCCUGCCGUGGUGUUGAUGAGUCAGUUGGUGCCGAAGAAUUUGGAGGCAACGCUGUACGCUUUACUCGCCGGCUGCAGCAACCUCGGCAAUACGAUCAGCGACUAUCUGGGCGCCUGGGUACUGGAGGAGCUUGGCUGCCGUCCUUCGGGCGCUAAAAACGAGAGCGCACAAUUCGAGAAUCUCUGGUUGGCCGCACUGAUCAGCUGUGUUUUGCCACUGUUCACAAUCGCGCUCAUCCCCGUACUCAUCCCCGACCGCAAGCAGACGGAGCGCCUGCUUCAAGAAGACGGUGAACCGGAUGAAGAAGAAGAGCCUGAACAGGAGGGGUCACCAGACGAGGGUUGCGAAACACAGACGUUGAUUGCGACACACAAAAGAAGAAGUACAACGACCACAAAAAAGCUCGCCGUUUCUUCGGACUCAGCUACGAAAGGUAGUUUGCUGAGUCGUAUCUUACAAAAUGGACGAUGAUCAAACGAAGACCUAACACGAUAAGAUGGUCAAUCAUUAUUUCCGAAGAAAAAGAACCAACGAACACUAAAGUACUUAGGUAGAUACUGUACUAUGCGUAUGGACACAGCACUAUUAAGUAACUUCAGAGAAAGGAUACCAGAUGUGUAUGCAUUAUUUUUUAGAGAUAAAUAUAGACCAUGUAAUUGGCGUUGGUUCAUUAUUACUUAUGCUGCAUGGUCAACUUAGUCCUUUUAGGUAAAAGUGCUAUUUACCAAAUGUAUUGCAGAACUUUUUUGAGAAAAAAACAAUAACAAAGUAUCUCACUUCGCUAUCAGGUUAUCGGUCAACUAAGUCUAAAAAUGCUUCAGUUAAAAGCAAAUGCGUAAAGUGGUAGAGUAGAGAUAUGAUACUGAGAACUUUCAUUUUGAUUUCUUCCUCAAGUCGAUGCCAGUUUUAGUAGUAAGUAUCAGUAGAAAACAAUGCGGUCUAGCAUCUGCGCGAGUAGUAGGUUAAGUAGUAAAUGCUAAGUAAAACAACUAUCGUGAUGCAUGAUACUCGUGGGCAAUAAAUAUCACCAUGAACUACGUUUAUGAUAUGGAUUUAUGUGAGGACUGAAGAUUCCUAGAAGAAAGGCUACCUCUAUGAUUACCUUUAAGGUUCCUGUAAAAAUUCAAAGACCCCCCCUGGAGAUCGGCAUUCUCCGGAAUUAUGAUAUACUUUGUGAAGCCCUGCACAGUGUCUUUCCUCGAAAACGAACUAUUGAUAAACGAAAUGAAAGUAAGUAAGAAGAGUCUUUCCAAAAGCUCCCCAAAAUAUUCCAUCAUCGUCAUGAGCUAUUUGUUAACAAUUUGCGAAGUAAUACCUUUGAUUCGCACAGCUAUAUAAUUCAAUGAUGGAAUGUUCGGUACACGUCAUUCUUGUUGAUUUACGCACUGACGUGCAGUAUGUGAGGGUGAUUGAUUCUUCGUAAUCGAGCAGGG